UACAGCUCCCGGCAGCCCUCGCGCGCGGCGCUUCCGUGACGUCACCGCCGCGCCGAGCGGGGAGCGGGACCAGGACCGGGAGCGGGACCAAGCCAGGCCGCCAUGACCAAGCUGGGGCAGUGGCUGUGCGGACUCGCCCUGCUGGGCUCGGCCUGGGCCGCGCUGGCUCUGGCCCCGCCGGGGCUGCAGCCGCCGGCCCCGCUCCGCCAGGCGCUGCUGCCGCUGCCCGUCUACUUGCUCGUGGCCUUCGGCUGCUACUCCCUGGCCACCGUGGGCUACCGCCUGGCCACCUUCAACGACUGCGAGGAGGCGGCCGCCGAGCUGCAGGAGCACAUCAGGGCGGCCCGGGCCGACCUGCGGCGGCGGGGGCUGCGCCUCGGACCCCAAUAAAGCCCCGGGACGGCA